UAUCCCACACACAGAUACGCAGCUCGGAGAAGAAAGCAAUGAUGGUGUGAAGAUGGAAAGAGACUAAUAUAGGUUGUAGGAGCCACAUUUACAGAGCCUCCUGUUUUCUGUGGUGCUAAUCCAACUGGAAUCUAAUAUAUAUAAACUUUUAAGGAGAGGAACAAGGACAAACAACUGGCUUGUGUGUGUGAAUGACAGAGAGUCUAAGACUAUGUAUGUAUGUGACGUUCUGUGUCUGGUAAAGGGGCCAGUGUGUGGAAUGAAGCUGACCAGUAGGAUGGAGCUGAGGAUGACACGUCUGCUUUGGCUUCUGUGCUGCUGUAGCAUGCUAUCUCUGACAGGAGGUUCUGAGGCAGAGCGGAAGCUGCUGCAGGAUCUGUUUCAGAAUUAUAACCUGAAGGUGCGACCUGCUCGGACCUGGAACGAGACAGUGAUGGUCAGAGUUGGAAUGACCCUAGUACAGCUCAUUAGUUUGGACGAGAAGAAUGGAGAGAUGACAACCAAUGUGUACAUGAACAUGGCAUGGUCCGAUUACAGGUUAUCAUGGAAUCCGAAGGACUACGACAAUAUUGACGUUAUCCGGAUCCCCCCUACCAAAGUGUGGCGUCCAGACAUAUACCUUAUUAACAACAAUGAUGGGCAGUUUGAUGUUGCUCUGUAUGUGAAUGUGCUGGUUACCAAUGAUGGCACUGUUUCCUGGCUGCCUCCAGCUAUAUACCGCAGCUCCUGCUCAAUAGAGGUGGCAUACUUUCCGUUUGACUGGCAGAAUUGCACCAUGGUGUUUCGUUCAUAUACAUAUGAUGCCUCAGAGGUGGACCUGCAGUAUGGGCUGGAUGAGGAUGGAAAUGAGCUUCAUGAGAUCGUCAUUGAUAAAAAUGCUUUUACUGAGAAUGGAGAGUGGCAGAUCUGCCACAAGCCCACCAGGAAAAAUAUCCAGGAGGACAUGUAUGAGGACAUCACCUUCUACCUGAUCAUUGAGAGGAAACCACUCUUCUACAUCAUCAACAUCAUUGUGCCCUGCAUCCUCAUUAGCAUUCUGGCUAUAUUUGUCUUCUAUCUGCCACCAGGGGCAGGAGAGAAGAUGACUCUGUCCAUCUCUGUGCUCAUCGCCCUCACUGUCUUCAUGCUCCUGCUGGCUGAUAAAGUCCCUGAGACAUCUCUGGGAAUCCCCAUUAUCGUGAACUAUGUAAUGUUCACUAUGAUCCUGGUGACGUUCUCUGUCAUCCUUAGUGUGGUGGUGUUAAACCUGCACCACCGGACCCCCAGCACACAUUACAUGCCCACCUGGGUGCGCAAGGUGUUCAUUAACUUCCUGCCUCCCUACCUGGGCAUGUUCAGGCCCCACCCAGAAGAGCCUGUGGAUGAGGAGCCUAAUGAGGACCAACCACAGGGUCAUACGGACCGCACCCUCAAGCCCGGGGGAGAAUAUUUCAUCCGAAAGAUCAAUCCUGAGUUGGUCAUGCCAUGGAGGGGGAGUCGUCCUGAUACCACAGUGCAGCUGCAGAGGUUUUUUGACAGUGACAGCUACUGUCUGAUCCUGCCCCCAGACCUCAAAUCCGCCAUCGCUGCCAUCACCUACAUGGCUGAACAACUGAAAAAACAAGAUGUGAAUGAUACUAUUACUGAUGACUGGCAGUACAUUGCCAUUGUGGUGGACCGCCUCUUUCUCUGGCUCUUCGUUAUUAUCACCACCCUUGGCACUUUGGCCAUGUUUCUGGACGCCAGCUUCAAUCACACACCUGACAACCCUUUUCCCUGAGAAAAUCACAUAUAUGCACACACAGACACACACCAAACCACCUAUUUCCUUAGGCAAACCCUACGUACACACACACACACACACACACACACACACACACACACAUCCCACACUUAGACAAUCUCUUGCUCUUCCAGAACAUCUACAUGUGGAUGUUCCAAGGCUUUGGUCCAGGGACCGAUGACUAGAGACGUUUGAGAGUGUGCCUAUGUUAAUUUUUCACUUGUAGACUCUACUAUCAGACUGUAGAGGGCGACGUUUUGUAGUAUGAAUUGCACAACAUCAAGUUGUUGCUCUGCCUUUCACUCAUAGGCUAUGUGGACUGCAGAUAUAAUAAUGAUGAAUGAUAGUAUAUUCAUUCAAAUUCUGUAAGUCACAGGACAAAUUGGUUUUAUUAUUAUUGCAUAGGUGACAUGGUUAUUCUGAUAGCUGAGAUGAAAUACUAUGUAAUGUAUUCUAUAUAAAUGAAAUGUAUGAUGUGUUACUGAAAAAAAGCACAUUUUCACUGAAUCGGUAUGUGUAUUUUAGAUAGGAAAAUAUUUCAGAAUUUGUCUGUUUGUUGAGACUUGUCAUGGAAAACGGCAUGCUUUCAAUUCAGAAAUAAAACUUCUCCUAAUGUGAAACGGAACACAAUUAACACCAAGAAUGGCAAAGACAGGUACCAUCUCUUAAUGAAGGUCAAGGCUUCACAAAUACAAGUGUUAAUUGCACAGGGCCACAACUAAAAAAAACAUCAUCUGUCUUACCAUCACAUGCAACUCUGACUACACUGGGUUCUGUUAUAAUUGCAACAUUUCCUACCUUUUACAUACACUUUAUUUCUUCAGUUAGCCUUGACCUUCUAUGACAAACACCUUGUUGUUUUUUUUUCUUCUAAAAGUGCCAUGUCAUCCUUCAUCAGACUUUGCAGGUCUAUUCAUUCUUACAUGUACCAUUAUAUAAAUUAAUUACUGGCCUUAAGCUAUUGCAUUUGAUUACAUCAUUAUUUAUAAGUUAUAACACUUUAAGUAGAUAGGGCUAUGCUCUUGAUUACAUCAUAUUACAUCACUUAACAUAUCCCUCAGUUCCAUUUUUUCAUUGAUCAAGAGAGCAAAAAAUGAGUUAGAAUCCAUUGAUUACCUCCCCUGACUAAACAGGUCAUUCUGAAUUGUGACUAAACAAGGGAGGGUUAAAAUAAAUGCUUUGUAAAUGAAAUGGAUGUAAAAUAAAGUUAUGGUCAAAGCUA